AGUGGGGGUAAAAAAAGAUUAGCAGUCGACAAUUUAUUUACAUUUGCUCAUUCUAAUGUAGGUCUGGGCGGAGAUUGUCUCCAGGCAAAACAUAGGCAUCGCACAAAACAAAAAUUCUUAUUAUAGUAGUACUUAAACAAUAAUAAGUAACAGUAUUUGUAGACACAAUACUAUUAUAAAUAUCAUUAUUAUUAUUAUUAUUUCUUUUAUUUUCUAACCACCCGAUCGCACCAGGACGCAAAAGAAAGUGUAAACAAAGUAAGAAGACAGAACAAGAAGUAAACAUGGAGAGUUUACAGUCGGCUUGGUUCAGUCCAACUGGGAGUAAAUUGAGGCGUAUGUUUUAUUUGGUGACUCCCAACGAAACUUCUUUUCAGUAUCCUGAAGACGUCCCGGAAUAUGAAAAAGAGGCAUCACCAGUUUUCAUGACCUUUGUCCUGGUGGAAGCAUUUGUUAGCUUGCUCUUUGGUCAUGGAAAAGUACGAAUUUCUGAUGGUCUCACUUCAAUCAGUGCUGGAAUAUUAUCAAGAAUUCCAUUGAUCUUUUUGAGGUCAGGAUUCCUGAAUAUGUACCAGUGGAUAUACAAUAAUUACCACAUUGUAAAACUGGAAUGGAACUCACCAUAUACUUGGAUACUUACUCUUUUAGUCGUUGACUUUUCCUACUACUGGUUCCAUCGACUUGCACAUGAGACUAGUAUCCUAUGGUCUGCUCACCAAGUACAUCACAGUUCUGAAGACUAUAACUUCUCAACAGCAACAAGACAAUCAAUCCUUCAAGUCUACAGUGGUUGGGCAUUCUAUACUCCGAUGGCAUUAUUUGUUCCAAUAUCUAUAUAUAUGGUACAUGAGCAAUUAAAUCUGCUUUACCAGUUUUGGAUUCACACAGAAUAUAUUCGAUCUCUUGGACCACUUGAACAUAUUCUAAACACACCAAGUCACCACAGAGUUCACCAUGGAAGAAAUCCUUAUUGUAUUGACAAAAAUUAUGGUGGAAGCCUUAUAAUUUGGGACAAAUUAUUUGGGACCUUUCAAGCUGAGAAAGAAGAGGUGAUUUUUGGUCUGGUUUCACCCAUCAACACGUUUGAACCUUUUACAGUACAGGUUUGCUACUGGAAGCAUCUUUGGGAGAACUGGCGACAAGGACGAAGCCUAUUGAAUGUUCUAUUAAGAGGCCCAGGAUGGGUUCCAGGACAAGACCCAAACGAAUGCCACAUACCUGAGGUAGAACAUCCAGCGCGGAAGUACACCACAGAAGUUUCCAACUUGUGCAGUAUAUAUGUUUUACUCCACUUUACGGCAGUUACAUAUUUCUUCCUAACAAUUUUGAGUGUUAACCAUUUGAUGCCACAAGAAUCUGUUCUAGCAGUUUUGGUAUUCAUUAUAUAUUCUUUAUCCUGUUUUGGUAAUAUCUUUGACCAAAGGUCUUACGCUACUUACAUGGAAAUUCUCCGCUGUGGUUCUGCUUUGUGCAUUAGCCAACUUGCCAACUUUCAGUUGCUGUCAGAGUUUUAUAAUGAGAUGAUUGUAAAAAUGAUACCUUGGUUUUAUGGCAUCUCAGCUCUUCUGUGGAUUCUAUCCCUGGUGUUUGGUGGCAGCAAACAACAAUUAAAACAUCAAAAGACAGCUUAGUUUCAAAACAAUUCUGAAAAACAUUUCCUCAAAACUACCAUUUUAUGUUCUUCACAACCAAAUAUCUUACCAAUUAAUAAUUAUACAUUAAUGUGAUGUAAAAAAAUAUUUUAUAAUUGGAUUUUAUAUUGAUUCUCUUCAAAAAUUGACAGUAUAUAAUUAACUGAUAUCUUUUGACAAAACAAAACUAUUUUUACAAGAAUAUAAGCAAAUGAAUCGGCUCCAGUUUAUUACUGUUACAUAUUGUAUCAACCCCACUGGGAUUUGAGUCAUAAUGCUACAGAGGAAUGCAUCUAAAUACUAUACAGAUUCCAGUUUGGUGCUCUGUUUUUAUUGACUCACUAUUUUCCAGUUUUUGUGAGGAAUGUUAUGAAUAGAUGAAAAAUAUGCAAAAAGCACAUUGUACCAAAUGUGAACAUAGGAAAUACAAAUAUCAGAAGUGAAGCAGCUGAGACACUCCUACCCCAGAGAAACGCACAUCUUGAUACACAGUUAUGUGGAGACAACAUGUCCCCUUAUUUUCUAUCUUGUACUUGUUUCAAUCAUUGGACUGCAGUCAUGCUGGGGCACCACCUUGAAGGAUUUUAGCCUAGCAAAUCAAUACCAGUACUUAUUAUUUUUUUUAAUGCUUGUUACUUAUUCUAUUGACA